AUGUCAGAGCACACCUUGUCCUUCAUUGGCAUUCAAAGGUUUACAAGUGUAGAACAAAAAACAGUUUUUAAUUUGGAGGUCGCAAGCAUAUUUAAUUUCUUUCAGAGCCUAUUCAUCAAGAGGCUGACUGUGGCUCGAAAGGUGCGGAAUCACAGAAAAUCGAAAAGAGCGCAUGUCACUGUUCUUUCACCCACCACUGAGAUCACAAAGGAGAAUGCUGUUGCCGAGCUACAGGCCUUAAAAGCGACCCAUUUGAGCGCCGUGACGCUUGACACAGAAAGGAUGCAGGCCCUCCUUAAAGUGACGUACGAAGAACGCUGCAAAAGCCAUGAUGAUCCACUGCCCCAGUAUUUCUUGCUAGAAGAAAUUCUUUGCAUCGAAGUCGAGCUUAGGUUUAAAAGCAGCAUUGGUGACCUGGAGAGAAAGCUAAGAGCAGUGUCGGAAGCGUUUUCAUGCAAAGAACAACGUGAAUGCACAUUCAUCGACAUCGUCAAGCACUUGCAAGGCCAUUCAAGGCACACGCUUAUCAACGAGAUGGCUCUACCGGAUGACGUGCAAAUCACUGCACCCCAUGUGUAUACCUGUCCUGAACACACUUGCGUUUACGCUGGAAGCGCUGAGCAAAUAAUCCGGAUAGCUAAUAGAAAUAUAGAGCGGGCCCUCAUUUUUUGCCUGCUGACAUAUUACAUCAAAAAUCUUGAGUACCCGCCUGCUUUCUCACCAGUCCUUGUCCUGCUGCAAAAGAUUGCCUUGCCGGACACACCCGUGCCUCGUGGACUGCUCACAAACCGCCUGAGGAAUCUUCUUUUGCUCUUGAGAAAGAAGAAUGUGUGCUAACCUUGUACUCCACUGAUAUUUUUGUUCGUCUUGGUUUUGUGCACCGUUUUGCUGGUUGGAUAUUAUAUUGUAUACAGGUCACAUUGCAGCAUAUAUGAGAGUUGCCUUUUGAGUCCUUGAGAAAGCACGAAGGACAUUUUAAUAAAGGACGUUUUGAAAGUAACCUAUGUCUUUUCGAUUGCUGUAUACCUUUGCAAAGGUUACAUUCCGAAAGAAAAGGGUGUAACCUAUAUAAACAAGAUUUAACCUUUAAUUUUGUAACCAUUAGAAAGGUUACAAAUGUAAAGGUUACACUUAUGUAACUUUUAGGUUAUAGGUGCACAAAAAUGUGAAAAAGUUCACCUUUGCAUAGGUUACCAUAUUUAG